AUGGCUCCCGCCAAUAAUCAGUCUAAAGCUCAGUCUGCGGACAAACUCAAGCAGAAAAGCCUCAUGUCAUUCUUUGGGAAACCAUCGACCAGUACUCCUGAGAAAUGCGAGAGUAACAGCUCGAAGAAGGCUGGGAAAUUGACGUCUCCUUUCGCUUCUAAAGACGUUCUUCACGACACGUCCUCAGACUCGCCCCUACUUGAGGUUGCCACUCCACUAUCCAAAAGCAACACGCGGUCGUCUGGCAUCGUCGAUGCAACCUAUACCAGAAGUUCAGACGGAGGAUGGAGUGGAAAAGACACACCACCCACAAGUGACCCCAUCGACAUUGACAUGUUGUCGGACGAAGAUGAUGGCGCAAGCGUGAAAAGUACAGCCAAGCCUCCUGCACUGCGGCAAAAGCGCAAAAUCGUCCUCGACGAAUCUGACGAGGAGGGUGGCCAGAUAGACGCGGUCGCGUACAAGGAAGGGUUGUCUGCUCGAAAGCGCUCUCCUGGGCGUACAGCGAAAGGCCCACAGAAGAAGCCCCGCCGACUAACUAAAUAUGAGAAACCGUCCACGAAGAGCAAGGCUAGGAAAGUCGCUCCAAACGAUGACGAUUUCAUUGUGCCUGAUGAUGUGGACGAGGACGAAGAUGAAAGUUCGCACCGGAGUCGCUCACGAGCGUCGUCCCUCUCUGAGGCCGAGUCAGACGUCCCCGAGCGGCCGAAGGCAACAAAGAAGACAGCCAAGCACCCAUACCUCACAAAGGAUCAGGCAUCUGGCGGCAGCAAUACGUUCCUGACUGCAGCGGAACGACGCGUACAAGACAAAAAGGCGGAGAAGAAGAGCUCGGAAGAUCCGUUCUAUUUCCUACAAGACGUAAGAGACAAGGACGGCGUGCGUCCAGGCCAGCCAGGAUAUGAUCCGCGUACCUUGUAUAUCCCACCUCAAGCCUGGAAGGAGUUCACUCCUUUCGAGAAACAAAAAGGCAAAUUUCUAGAACUGUACGAGGAGGACGCCCGGAUUGGUCAUAGUGAGUUUGACUUGAAAUUGACGCACCGAGUAAAGAUGAGCAUGGUCGGCGUGCCUGAGAUGGCAUUCAACUUCUGGGCGGCGAAGUUCCUCGCCAAAGACGCCGACGAACUGGUGCCAGAAGAUGGAAAGGACAAGGUUUAUGAUGACAUCAUGGAUGAAAUACGAGGCCUGGAGGAGGAGCUCGACGAUGAACUCAAAACGAUGGAACGUAAGCUUGGUCGAGCCAUAGCUGAGCCAGUGGCUAGCGUCAACUUGUCAUAUUGGCACAGUGCCCAGGGAACAAAGGAAAUCUACCUUGUACAAACCAAACCCAGUCAGAAGAAUGUUCCGAAGGACUGGACAAAGAAUGGCAGCACGAAAGCGGCUGUGCGCUGGGUGGUGCCCUCUCUCCAGCCGACAAUCCGUAAGUUGAAAGAAGCGCGCGAGAAUCGUAACACUGCAAUCAAGGAAUUCAAAAACCGACUGUAUGCGGAGUUUGACACAGACCGUGCAGUGUGGUUGCAUGCUAUUCGCGUCCUUUCGGAAAUGGACUGCUUGUUCAGUUUGGCCAAGGCCUCGAGCGCUCUUGGGGAACCCGCAUGCAGACCUGAGCUGAUCGAAGGUGACGCCGCGUGGGUUGACUUUGAGGAGCUUAGGCAUCCUGCUCUCUGUGCAAGCACCGGGCUUAAGGGCGACUUCAUACCCAAUUCCGUCAAGCUGGGCGGUGACGUGGGCAGAAUAGCUUUGCUUACAGGUUGGUCUAACUUGCUAUGUCCUGUCGAUGCUAUUCUUACUCGCAUGGGAGCCUACGACAACAUGUUUUCCAAUGCAAGUACAUUUUGCGAGACGCCACGCCACAGUCAAUUGGGGAGAGGUACCUCGACAUAUGACGGGAUGGCUAUUGCAGGGGCUGUGUUACACCAGCUGGCGACGCAUACCUUGGCUCUCUCAUUUUUCGCGACGCACUAUGGUUCCUUGACUGACGAUUUUGCAUAUCAUCCCAACAUUCGCAAUAUGCAUAUGGAAACAAUGGUGGAUGACGAGAAGCGGGAGCUGGUCUUUCUCUAUAAGCUUAUCGGAGGUGCCGCAUCUUCCUCCUUCGGCACACACGUUGCCAGCUUGGCUGGGGUGCCCUCGGACGUCGUCGAGCGCGCAGAUAUAGUAUCCAAGGAUUUUGCACGGAACUUCAAGGAGAAGACCGACAAGAAAAAGGACAAGGUUUCUGGCCGGCUACCACUGGUCGCGCAGGCUGACUUUGCAUACCUCUAUGGACUUGCAACGGGGAAGGAUGAGCUGCCAGAAAACAGAGUGCGACGCAAGGCAAUUCUGAGCACCAUCAAGGGUGCUACAGUUAACAAGCUCUGGUCUCGCUGGGAUGAAGUCUUCCUGGCGGUAGACACCUCUGCGACUGCCGACAACGGGUUCGAUCCCACGUUGGGGUUAGAGUUGUUUGGGUUCUAUCGACAACCUCAUCAACGAUCGUCCUAUGCGCAGAUGCAUCAUAACACACCAAUGCAUCCCCACUCUGAGCCUGGCCUUGCUGUCUCGCAGCUCUGCGGUUAUCCUGUAUAA